UAGUAAGACUCUUAGCUAGCGAUGUACGUAGCUUCAUUAUGCAGCAGCAAUGUCAGUGUGUGGUCCAGUAUCAGUGUGUGGUCCAGUAUCUAGUGGCGGUGUUCUUGUGGACACGUACACUGCAAGAGUGUUCCCCAUCCAAGCAGGAGCUCUACUGCUCUCAUCAUCUCCAGAGAGUGUUGCAUCAUCUGUCGAUGUACCACAAGAUGUGCCGCUAUUCCUUAGACCAGUCACCCCUAGUGACAGCUACUCGGUGAGGGUCAAAGUUCACGAUGAGGGGGAGGAUUGUGCUGCUGUGAGGGUGGUGGAGGGGGUGUGCAGUGUGAACGGUGUGCAAUGUGACCCUGGGGAAGCCAGACAACAACUCAGAAAUGGAUCUUUCCUUGAGUUGGGAUCAAGUUAUCGGCUCCAGUACAAGACCUCGUCCAUCAACAAGCCACACCCACUACGGAUUCUCCCAUUGACACCUGGAGGUCAAGGUUCACCCACACCCACCUUUCAUGACUACACUCCACCCACCUACAACGAGACGAAUGGUUUCUCAAUGGAAACCUCUGAGGUGAGACCUGAUGCAGCACUGACUAGUGGUAGCUUCAGUGGCUCGGUGGAUUGUGUGGGUAUGAACGAUGGCCUGAGGGCGCGACUAAAGAGGAUCGCCAAGGAGAUAACGGCACGGGGUUGCGGGUACACGGACAAGAAACCACCCCCACCUUACGAGCAGGUGGCUAACAGCAUCAACUACCAGCUGCUCCAUCACACUCACCCCAGAGUCACUAGUAAACUCAUCGACUCCCUCUACCACACCCUCAAGGAGAUGGAACUCAAAGAUCCGGACCUGGUUGAUGUUUACUCGUCUUUUCUCGACUCCUAUUUGACGUCACGGGGUCAAAGUGCAACUCCCACCUGCAUGAUGCCUGCUGACCUCCCUGUACUACGCUUUGUGUUGGACAUGCUCAUGCACAUCUGCUGUAUGCCCGACAUGACCCCACUCGUUGAAAAAAUAUGUCCGUUGUGGAUGGACAUUCUUUCCAUUUUGUCGACCUCCCGACCAAAUCGAGAGGAAUUGGUGAAAGUGGGCGGGGCUAGUCGUAUCCUGUCGUGCAUGCACCUGAGUGUGAUGAGUGAGGGUGUGCUGCUACAAGAGAGGGGGUGGAUUGUGUUAGGGUCCAUCGUUGACAGCCCCACCCACCCAGGGAGAAAGCCGGUGAUACUUGAUGCCUCACUCUCUCUAGUGCUAUCGCUGGUUGCUAAGCAACUACAGGUCCAUCACUCCCACUUACCCCUAGUGACAGCACUCAUCUACACGCUGGCACGCUUGGCAACGGUUGCUAAGGAGGCUGUGGCUUGUGAGAUUGCCGCUCUAUCAGAAGAAGAAUCGUACUCCACCUACACACCACUACAGGGUGCCCAGGUGCUCAACCUUCUCAAGGAGAGCAACGUCCUGGAUCACAUGAUGAGAGUACCAUCACACCUCCGGACACACCCACGUUUCCAGGACAAUUACUGUGCCCUCGUUAAAGCACUCCAUCCAAUCAGAUUGCGGAAGGUUGUCUAUCGUGAGGCUGCACCCCCUAAAACCACACCUACAAAACCACCCCCUAAACCAGCUAGAGCGCACAGACUAAGAAGAGCAACCACCAUCAUUGCCACUGGCCUCACUAGUUACAAUGAAACGGAUGUAACGGCUGAUGGUCACUUUACAACUGCUGACUCAGCAUCUGGAGGGCCGCCUAAUAAACUGCGGAGGCGGCCUCAUAGUUACAGCGUGGCUAUGAUUGGUUCAUCAGAUCAUGUGACACAUCCGCUGCUUCUGAGUGGUGAUCAAGAAAAUAGUCAUAUCAGUGAUUCCGUUUUUAGUGGCGUCAAUGUUGCAAAUACUACUACUGAAGAUGAGAAUAGCAGAGAUAGUAACCAUGACAACGAUGUAGUUGCCACUACCAUUGACUGUGUGAAAUCUGAACAACAAGAGCAGCUCCUUAAAAGUCAAGAUAAUAUUAUAUCUGAAGAUCUUACGCUGGAAACGACGUCACCAAGUCAUGUGACACCACCUACAGAUAAUGUCACAAUCCCUACAGAUCACAUGACCUCGUUGAUACCCCUUUCUGAACUACCGAACCUUGAACCCGACAAUCACCCCUCAAACGAUAUUGUUACAUCAUUCAUCGACCAAUCAGAUUUUACUGCCAGCACUUCCGACCCACUUUCUCGAGAUGUACAAUCAUUGCUAGAUUCGUUGCGUGCCCCCCUCCCUGCCGUGUCACUAGAUGGUGGGCGUGGCGGAGGGCGUGGUCGACAGAACUCAGUGUACUUCAGGGCCUCCGUGAAGAGACGAUCUCGUAAGGAUACCUAUGUGGUGAGGCCACUAAUCGAGGGAGGGGAUAAAGUGAGGGAGAGGCCACUAAUCGAGGGAGGAGAAGAGGCUAAAGGUCAAGGGUCCAGUCGAAUGCAGUGGGGUGAGGCCACGCCCACUUCCUUGUUCUUAUCGGCAGACAACGUGUCAUUGUUUGAGGUGUCAGGGGAGGUGCUCUCUCCAAGCCACACCCUCUUAGAAGAGGUGGUCUCCGGACACAACGACAUCACUACCACACUGGGAGAGCGUAUGGAGCUGUUGGAGGGUGUGCUGUUGCUAUGGCGACAGGACAAGGGUCUACAAGCCGCCACUAACACUCUACAAGGUUGCUUCAGUGACGAGGACGAGGACCUACCUCUGUUUAUGGACGCCCUCAAUUGCUUCCUACUAUACAAGAGUCCGUGGACCCUGGCUGUGUGUUGUGUGUUACUACCUGCCCUCAAGGAGGUGGCCUCCACCCAGCGAGACUCCAGCUGUGUACUGACGGUAGUGGCUGUGGUGUUGAGUGUUGUGGACAGAUUCUCAGAUCUUAUUCUGGCAUGCAAAGGACGCUCUAGGGGCAGGAAACUCUCUCAAGCGACUGAUCGACAACAGCAGGUGCUCUGUUAUCAACAGCUGCACGCCAUUCGUGUUGCCAUUGGAAACCGACUGGAUACGAACUCUGACCUUGAGGAAGUGUCUAGUCAGCUCCGCAAAUUGCACUCUGCACUGAAGCCAUUUAAGAACGAACUAAAUGACUCUUGAUUGCAUGUACGUAUAAUUGAUAAUUUAUAUUUUGAAGAACUUUUUUACACAAUUUUUAGUCAUUUUGAAGAACUUUUUUUGAAGCACAAUG